CUUCCUUUGAGUAUUCUCAUUUCAUUCUCCGUUUCUUCUCUUUUUAUUCUGUAACUAGUUUAUUAACUUAUAAUUUCUGUCAAUGGAGCGUGCUACUCGUGUAUUUUCAACUACUGUUGUAGUUCUUAUGCUGCUUCUUCUCGCUACUGAGUUGGGGCCAAAUGUAGCGGAAGCGAGGCACUGUGAGUCACCCAGUCACAGGUUCAAGGGAAUAUGUGUAAGGAAGAGUAACUGUGCUGCUAUCUGCCAAACUGAAGGGUUCUCCAGUGGGAAAUGCAGAGGUUUUCGUUCUCGCUGCGUGUGCAUUAAGCAUUGUCAUCAUCAUGAAGAAGAAGUACAAAACUAAAUCCAGAAAUCAAGAUGCGUAAUGUUAAAAUGCAAUUAAAUAUGCAUUUUUCUCUAGGAAUAUUGUGCUUUUGGUGUUGUUGUUUCUGGCCUUUUGUUUAAGAAUUCUAGUGUUGUACGGUCAUGGCUUUGGAAGCUACCUUUGGGAUGCGUCUUUGUGUAAGCUUUAUGUUUUUAAUGUGAUCUGAUGAAUUAUUAAAAUAGU